AUGCCUAGCAGCCCUCGCCUCCCGACUACAACUUCAAAGCUCCAAAGCAUGCUCAUUCCGCGCCCUCCACGCGUGACUCUUCUUCCGCUUCAAUCUGUCUGGCAACCUGCCAGGCUUCCCACACCUGGCAAUGUGAGAGCCCGCUUCAACAGCUCUCUAGGCCAAGAAUGGAAGGGUUCUUCAACCGACGACCAUGCGGUGAAGAGAUCGAAGGACAAAAGGGAUAUAACAGAUCCUCAGACAGAAUCUUCCGCUUCUGGGCUGAAGGAGAAAAAAGAAAGCGCGGGUGUCGCAGACCAAUCCAAGCAGGGAGCGGUGACGGAGAGGGAAGGUCUCAAGCAGGAGCGUCAAGCUAAAAAGGAACACCCCAAGGCGCCUGAACCGAUAAUCGGUAUGAAUGAUGAAAGAGCUGAGGUGAGUGCUACCUGUCCCUUCCCACCGGAGACUGUUGUCGUCGGUAAUGUUUCACCUGGCUAA